CAUGAGGGCCGAGUUCUCGUGUGAAAGUGUACUUCCGACAUCGGAUGUCAUACUUUUGUGAAUAAUCAAAGCGAACAAAGAUAUUUAGCUUCUUUAUUUGGCUUCGCAAGUGGAUAGGCGCAAUGGCUGCCUGCGUGGAACUUGGCACUUGUGUACUGUGAGACGCUGGACAGAAAACGUUCUCUUCUUAAGAUUGUCUCCCCUCCCCAAGAGACGUCGCUGUGAUCAUUAUAAGAGGAGAAGGAUGAACGUGCAGCAGAUACUGGAAAGCUUGGAUCUGGGAGAGCAGGAGCGUGUUCAAGCAGAGCUUGUCUUGUAUAACAAAGAGAAUUCAGAAUGCUUCUUCUUCAGUACUGAAGAAAGGGAGAAACGAAAGCAGUGGCAGCUUGAUGAGUUUAAACGUAUGAAGUACCGGGAUUAUGAACCACAGUCUGACUCAGACUGUGAAUUGGACUAUUUGGAUGACUCUGAAGUCAAGUUAAGACAGAAGCUGAGUCAAGCCCUCAUAAAGUUCUUGGCUGUGGAUCUACAACCAUCCUGUCAACUAAUUUGUCUAGAAACAAUUCGAAUUUUGUCAAGAGAUCGACAUGCAGUGGGGCCCUUAUCCACAGAAGAGGCGAUCAGUACUUUGGCUGGUUAUGCAGGGAUUAAUUCCAAGACAGAGUAUGCCAGUCCAGAAAAAGAACAGUCAAGUGCAUCUACUUUGAAAUUCAACCUGAGGGAUGCAGAAAUCAACUCAGAAGCUGUUAAAGCGAUCUGUAACAUUGUGUACAACAGCUUGGCCGCACAGGAUCAUGCAGCAAACCUCAGGUUGCUGUCAGGUCUGGCUGUGAGGGUAAAGCUCAGUACUGAAACAGGAGUAUCCCCCAGAGGCCUAUUUUAUGAUUUACGCCUCAUGUUUUUAUUAACUGCACUAAGGCCGGAGCUCAGAGUUCAACUGGCCAAAGAGGAUCGUGGGAUUGCUCUGCUAACAGAUCUGCUGGAGAACACACUAAAACCACGAUGGGCUGACAUCUUUGAAGUGCUUACUGACAAAGCAGCACCUCCUCUUAGUCAUGAUGUAUCUGAGAGGGCUAUGGAGAUCCUAAAGAUCUUGUUCAACAUCACCUUUAAUAUCAACAAGGGGGUAGUGGAUGAGGAGGAUGCAGCUUUAUAUCGCCACCUAGCAGCCAUUUUACGCCAUUGCCUCCUAAUCCAGUGUGAAGAGGAAGACCGGACAGAAGAACUACAAGGGCAUGCAGUAAACCUCCUUGCCAACCUUCCCCUGGGGUGCCUUGAUGUUCUGUUGGCUGCCCGUGUUGGUCAUGACACAGUGGAGUAUCUGGAUAUAAAUAUGGACUGUGUGGUAGCACUCCUCGGAUUUCUGAAUCGGAGAUUAGAUAGAGCCCAAAAGCUUAAGGAGAGAGUAACUCCAGUACUAAAUCUGCUAACAGAAAGUGCCAGAGUUCACAGAGAGACAAGGAAGUUUUUGAGAAUGAAGAUCUUGCCCCCUCUGAGAGAUGUACACACCCGCCCCGAGGUGGGCUCUACUCUGCGAAACAAGUUGGUGAGGCUUAUGACUCAUGUGGACACUGAUGUCAAGCAAUGUGCUGCUGAACUACUCUUUGUUCUUUGUAAGGAGAAUGUAUCUCGCUUUGUCAAGUAUACUGGCUAUGGCAAUGCAGCUGGUCUCCUAGCUGCUCGUGGCCUGCUAGCAGGUGGUAGAGGAGAAGGCGUGUACUCGGAUGAAGAGGAGGACACAGACACCGAGGAAUAUUUGGAAUCUCGAAAUAGGAUCAACCCUGUCACUGGUCGAGUUGAGAUGCCUCAACCUAAUCCCAUGGAGGGAAUGACUGAGGAGCAAAAGGAAAUGGAAGCCUUGAAACUGGUCAACAUGUUUGAUCGUCUGUCCAGGGAGCAGAUUAUAGAACCUUUUGGAGUCACAGUUGAUGGUCGACUAGCACGACUGAAAGAUACAAUGACAGACAACGCAGUACAAGAGUUGGAAGAUAAAGAAGAUGAAGAAGAAGAGGAGGACCCACAAGCCAAGCUGGAGCAUUCUGAGAGUCCCUGUGAACUCUGAGCUAAAAAGGUGCUGAGAGAGGAAAAAAAAUGUGAAAAACGCAAAAGUAAAUACAAAAUUAUAUUACAGUCCUUAUCAAGAGGAUUUGAUUACAAGUGGUACUUUUUGAUUGUAGCUUUGUACACUUCUGGUACAUUGGUGCCCAUCUUAUGUAAGCCAUUUCCUGCAAAGCUACCACCUGGUAGGAUGAUGAGAGUCAUGCAGAUGUGUUAAUUAUAGGAAGGAUUUUUUUUUAGAGCAGCAUCCUGCUUUUCGCCAAAAGCAUAAUAGGAGUGUCUUCUCUGGGAUAGCAGGGAUAAAUAAAAUGCCCUGAAAAAGGACUGGCUGGCUAUGGAGGCAAGGAGAUUGGUUUAGUUGGAGGAAAAAUUAUAUAAGGUUUAAUAAUAGAUGGAAUGUCCUAAGGUUACUGAACAGUAAUUUUGAAAUUUGCAGACUCUAUGAUAUUUUUAUGAAUAGACAAUUAACAUAUGCUCCUUUAAUAAAGUAUGGUAAAU